AUGGCUAUCAUCCGCUCGCAGUCAUCUCACCGGAGCGGGCGUGCAGCGGGGAGCUGCGGAGACCGCCGUGGCCACCCCGUGGCGCCCGUGCCGUUCGCGAUCCCCCCCCGCGGCCCGGCGACCCCCGAGCGCGCCGGGCCCGCGGCACCGCGGCCGACCGCUCUGGUGACGGGCGGCACGGGGUACUUCGGCUGGCGCCUCGGAGCGGCGCUGAGCGGCCGCGGCUUCCGCGUGCGGCUGCUGGACGUGCGGAGUCCCCCGGAACCCCUGCCGGCUGGCGCGAGCUUCGUUCGGAUCAACUUCGCAGUGUUUUCCUUUCCUCGGCACGCCAGUAACUGGGACGAAACUCCACAGCUCUCCCAUCACGGGGAAACUUCAUCCAGGACAAAACACGACUCCAACGCAAAUGGGGCAGUCGGAGCGGACUGGUUCGGAGAUCCAACCGUGUCCCGUGUCCUGUGGCGCACGCAGGCCGACGUGAGGGACUACGAGGCGGUCGCGAAGGCUUGCAGCGGCGUCGCCUGCGUGUUCCACACGGCCUCCUGCGGCAUGUCCGGUAGCGAGCAGCUGAACAAGGUCGAAGUGGAGUCUGUGAAUGUGUUGGGCACACAAGUCGUCAUUGCAGCGUGCGUGGCCUGCGGGGUGCCCUCGGUGGUCUACACCAGCACGGUGAACGUGGUCUUCCAUGGGGAGCCCAUCCACCAAGGCGACGAACAAGCGCGCUACGUCCCACUGAACAAGUUCGUGGACCACUACUCGCGCACGAAAACCAUCGCCGACCAAAUGGUGCUGCUGGCGCACGGGACUCCUCUUGAAGGAGGCGGCUUGUUACGGACGUGCGUGCUGAGGCCCCCUGGGAUCUAUGGCCCUGGAGAACCGAGGCACAUACCGAGGGUGGCGACGAACAUCCGACGUCGCCUCUUCAGCUUCCGAUUCGGCAGCCCGGACGUUCGCAUCAACUGGGUGCACGUGGAGAACCUGGCGGAGGCCCACGUGCUGGCGGCGUGCGCCCUCAGCGCUCGUGGAAAAGGGUGGUUAACGGGAGGCCAAGCGUAUUUUAUUAAUGACGGAGAGGAAGUGAACGUGUUUCAAUGGCUACAGCCGCUGUUUGAGAAGCUUGGGCACAGCAUGCCUCGGACAUGCGUACCUGUUCACCUGGUCUACGCUGCAGCCCUGGCGAUGGAAUGGGUGCACCUACUGCUGAGGCCUUUGGUGGACCUCCCUCCACUCCUCACCAGGAGUGAGGUGUGGAACGUCGGCGUGACGCACACAUUCUGCAUCAGCAAGGCACGCCGCCAGCUGGGAUACCGUCCACGAAAGUUCUGUUUGUCCGAGACGCUGGACGUGCCGAAGAUCACCCGCAUCAAGACGUGGCAGACAGGCGUCGCCCGGCAUGAAGCGCUGAUGUGGACCGGAGUGCUCCUGUGCUUCUGUCUUUUCGUGCUCCACUCUGUGGUGCUCUUACUGAUGAUGUUUUGAGGCCGUUGGAUGAUGCUACGCUGAGCGUUGUCGAUGUGAAAUGAACAGCACGUUUCUCAAUAUUGAAAAUGCUGUCAGUGUAGGGCACUUAUCCAUCACUUAAUUGUAGUACAGGAACAGGGUUUUUUUUACACUUUGUGAAAUGGCUCGAUUCACCGAUAGUUGAAAAUACAAAAAAAUCAGAACAGUUCCGAAGAGAGAGAAUUUAUAUUUUAUUCCAAUGGCAAAAGUGUAAAAGAAAGUAAAUGCAUAAUUUGAGCAACUUACCCCUCGAAAAAUUACCCCCAAAUAUCACCACCACCACCACCACCCAUUGUCAUUUUCUACAUGGACGAAUAGCAAAACUACAUUAACUC